AUGACAGCCACAACGUCAGCAGCUUUCUCUUUCCCUCCGACAUACAACUUCCCGCCCUUCUUCACCCCGCAACCCAAUACCACUACCCGCCAAGCUCAACUUGCGAAAUGGUCUUCGUUGAUCCAAGCAUGGUGCAAACAUCACAGACAGUAUCGCCUCAGCCUGAUUGAAGCAGUUGAUAGUCCGCUCUUUCAUAAUGCGGCGCUGCGCAAGCGUCUAGAUCUCCGUGAAGCUCGCGCGGUGUUGGACUGGAUGGUUAAGAGCGAGGAGGAAGGUGGUGGAGGUCAGCGUGCAGAGUGGAUUGAUUCUUCUGCAGGAAGCCAGGGACCGAAGUCUGUGGCGUGGAUUUGGUGGCGGAGGCCAGAGGAGUGGGCGGAUAUACUCGUGGAUUGGGUGGAGGGGACAGGGCAGCGCGGGGCGGUGCUGACGGUAUAUGAGCUUAUACAGGGGGAGGCGACGGCGUCACAAGAAUUUCAUAACAUGGACAAUGAUGUCAUGUUGAAGGCGUUGAACAUCCUGUCUAAACGCGGCAAGGCACAGGUCUUUGGAAGUGAAGGACAAGAAGGUGUCAAGUUUUUCUAA